CAGUUCCUGAAUUGUAUAUUUGAAUUUCCUGUAGUGAAGAAGUUGAAGAAAAUUGAAGGGCAGAGACCAGUGAUUGAGGCAAGAACUGUAGGUGAUGGGAAUUUCUUGAAUCUUCUGGUGGAUAAUAAUAUGGAAGCCAAAGGCAAAGAGGUCAGAAAUCUUGAUCAUCUGCUUUCCCAAUUUGCAUACAAGAGUGGUCAUAGUUAUGAAAAAGUCUUGAAGGAAAGCGAAAUUGUGAGCGGACAAAAUGGCCACAGGAUGAGAGCAGAUGUGCAAGUACCAAAGGUUUCUCCUUAUUUUCAGACAAGUGGAGAAAAACAAGAAAUGUUAAGUGGAAACUGCCAACCAAAAGUCAAUUUGCUUUCACAAGUUGUUCAUAGUAAUAAAAAGGUUUUGAAGAAAGGAGAUGUUAACAAACAAAAUGGCAAGAGGAGGAGAGCAGAUGCGCAAGUUCUAAAGGUUUCUCCUUAUUUUCAGACAAGUGGAGAAAAACAAGAAAUGUUAAGUGGAAACUGCAAACCAAAGCUCAAUUUGAUUUCACAAGUUGUUCAUAGUAAUAAAAAGGUUCUGAAGAAAGGAGAUGUUAACAAACAAAAUAGCAAGAGGAGGAGAGCAGAUGCGCAAGUUCUAAAGGUCUCUCCUUAUUUGCAGAGAAGUGGAGAAAAAGAAGACAUGGAAAGUGGUACUAGCAAACCAAAACACAAAGUGGUCAAAGCAUCCCCUUAUUUCCUGAAGAACAAGGAUAACAUUUUAGGUGGCAUGAAAAAAGCAAUGAAGCCAGCUGGAGUUAAACCUGUUCUUUCUGCAUCUCAGAAGAGAGAUGAGGCUUACCAAAGAAAAACUCCCAAUAACACAUGGAUUCCUCCACGCUCCAAUGCUCCACUGCUCCAGGAGGAUCAUACACACGAUCCCUGGAGAGUCUUGCUUAUAUGCAUGCUUCUCAAUAAAACGUCUGGGAACCAGGCUAGAAACGUAUUAUCCGACCUCUUCACUCUGUGCCCCGAUGCAAAGACUGCCACUGAGGUUGCCACGGGGGAGAUAGAAAAGGCUAUAAAGCCUCUUGGGCUCCAAAGGAAGAGGGCAGAGAUGAUACAACGAAUGUCUCAGGAGUAUUUGUGGAAGGAAUGGACCCAUGUGACUGAGCUGCAUGGUGUAGGAAAGUAUGCUGCAGAUGCAUAUGCAAUAUUCUGUACAGGGAAGGGAGAUAGAGUAACGCCUAGUGAUCACAUGCUUAAUUAUUACUGGAACUUUCUAUACGGGCCCAAGGAUACUUCUUAAUAAUAGAUGGAUUGGAUGUUCCUUGGAACAAAAACUAGUGUGUUGCCCUGGUAUAGUUGUGGGCUCAAUUUUUUUUUAUUUAAAUAAUUUUUAA